AACAAUUUUAUGAAUAUCAUCGACGUUAUCGGUGGUCCGAAAGAGGCGCAGCGUGCUCAGGAAUUGUUAAAGAAAGUCCGAAUCGUCGACGACGUGACCACUGGACGAAUUAUGGAGCUGCGUUUAGGCGGUAAAAUUAAGGACCGAUCGCGAUUGAUUUUUGCAACGGGCGAGAGUAUGAAAAGCAUCACUGUUUCUGCUAACGAGGGAUUUGUAAGAGCGGCGCGCAUGCAGGGCAUCGAGUGUACAGUUUUCUUACACGAACCAAGGUCUCUGUCAGAAAUUAAAGAAGGUAACGCAACAAGUAUAGAACAAUCUUGAUAUUAUUUGGAAUAUCUAGGCGAUCAUAAAGAAAAUAUAUACUGAUACUAGGCA